AUGCCUCCGUAUAAGGCCACCUCUAAGCAACUAACAUCGGGUGCUGCGCAGACACCUCCACGCACCACAAGUGUAUCUGAAUCACAACAUAUCAUCCGUCAACAAAUAGGCAAGGAACAGAAGUUGGAAAAGCAGAAAAAAAGGGUGCUGAAGAGCGCCUAUCAAGUCAAUCCCGAAGUCUUUGAGACUGAGCCCUUGGAGCUGCAUAGUGACGCAGACAGGGAAGAAGAGAAUAUGUUCUCAGAUCACAGCGUGCAGACGAAGCUGUCCAAUGCCAAGGUCCUGACUUUCAGUGCAGGGAAGAUUCCAAUAGCAUCGUGCACCAUCAGUGGCAGCGCACGCAGGCCGACUACUCACCAGGACGCAAAGUGUCAAAAAGCUCUAGCGGAUGACGCUAGCGAUGAGUCUGGUGACUCGGAUGACCCUGAUGGCUUGGAGUCAACACAUAUCAAGGCUGAGGCUGACGACUUGGAGCCAACAUAUAUCAAGGCUGAGGCUAACCACACCAAUGACAAGGAUGACGAUGCCUUGAAGAAAAUAUUCGACGGUUCACAUCAACGUGUGAAAGCUAGCGAUUUCGACGAAAUCUCAAAGGAGAUCCUUGGAACUGCAACCUCGAUUUUCCGGUGCCUAAUUGUCACACAGGCGCCAUUUCCUGACGGCGUUGCUGUUGAGAUGAGGUUAGCAAAAGAGGCAUGGCAUGAGGCAUGCAAAAUCAAAGGCAUCCAAGUCAAAUUAACACCUCCAGCAGUCAAAAUGCUAUUGCUGCACAUAUCACAUGUGUGUGGUGAACUCAAAACGAAGAUGCGAUCACUCACCAGUGGUUCAGCAUUUGCCUUCAAGGACUGGACAUUGAAGACAGGGAUCUACAAAUCUGAAUUACUGCAAGACGGUAUCAACAUUAUGUGGUUUGCAAACCGAAAUGACGAGGGUAUCGUUUACCACAAGUAUUUCAACCCCAUACCUGUCGAGGUUGUUGCCCUCGUGCUUACAGCUAUCGAAUGUUGUAUUGAUGAGUGGUUACAAGGCCUGAAGGAAGACAUCAAAUUCACUUCGGCUACUUAUGCAUCUAUUUACCAAGCUCAUUUUGACUCGUUGCAGCGCUUCCACAAGUGUACAGCACCUUACAAACUCCUUGAAAGACUUUGCGACAGUUUGCAUGACAGGGCUCGUUUGCAUGCAGGUGUCGAAGUACUCACUAUGCUGUCGGCUGCAUCCUGGAUUGGUGACGAGGCAUUUGAUGAUGGGAUUCGAGAGUACCAGCUCGAGGAGCACAGUGAUGGAGAGGCUAACGAGAGUUGA